AUGACCUUGAACGAAAAGAAGCGGAGACGUCGCACCGGUUGUCUAACCUGCCGCACUCGUCGAGUCAAAUGCGAUGAAGGGAAACCCACCUGUGAGCGCUGCAAUGCGGCCAAUAUAGAAUGUGUUGGUUAUGAGGAGAAGCGCCAUGUUGAGAUAAGGCGGUCACCACGAUCGGGCUCAUCAAAACCUACACAAGAUAACCUGAGUCUGGUAGAUUCGGCACCCGCAGUCAGCACUCCUCUUUCAGAUGCCCUUCCAAGUCCGCAUCUGCGAUCAGAUGGACUACCCUUGGUGGCACUCCCGAGCAACCCUCUCCCCAUGCAACGCCCACAUACUCGAGCUCGAGAUAUACUUGCCUACCAUCAAUUCCUAUACCGGACAUUGCCACUUCUCUUUCGACCCGAUGAGCUUCAUUUCUGGCGGGAUAGAAUUUGCCAAGAGGCUUGGGAGAAUGAAUUUCUCUAUGAUACCAUAAUGGCCAUUGGCGGCGCGCACAGAGCAAUCCUGAUGAUGUCUUCGACGAACGAAAUUGACCGAGAGGGAGGUGUAGACUGCAAGGUGACCGCUGUUCAGGCUUAUACUAAGACUUUGCAAGGGUUGGUUGAACAUCUGAACGAUGCCGGAAGAUCCCCCGAAUUGUUCGUUGGUACCUUGGUACUGCUUACAUGGUUUGAGUGCCUCCCAGGUAAUCUUCCGGCUGCCGUUAGACAUGCCUACAUCGCAAGUCACUACUUUUUAUUCAUGCAGGCAGACGAGACGCAACAAGGUCAGCCGCAUAUGCUGACCAUCGAAUCCAAUAUUCGGAAUUUUGCGCAAAUGUUCCGGGUCAUUCUCCCAUUUCCCCAGCUACGACUCCCUCUCCCACCGUCGUGGAGCCCAAGCCCAGCAAUCAGUGUGCUGACUCCUUCAUCUGGAAGUACCGCUACUAACAUGGUACCGCCAUCCCUCAUGCUACAGAAUCUUCUCGACUUCUUGUCCAACAGUACGGAGAUCGAGGACUUGGUCUGGAACCCGCUCAUCCCCUAUCAACGGCGGGUCUCACCUGACAAGAUAUACACUUUUCAAGCGGAACUCAGGGAUUGGAGGAACAGCCAUUCCCAUAUUCUCCCGGAAUUCCAUUUAGAACAGAAAAUGUCGACCGUAGUGGACUUUUCCUGGAAUGCCAUAGACGAACUACCAAUGCCACCUAAGCUAUCCCUGCCAUUAUCUCCUCAGAUGACCAUCAUUGCUGCAUUGUACAACUUUUACAUGGCAAGGUCGAUGUGGGCAUUGAGCCUGGUCGAGCUCGACUCUGAAAGGUACGAAAUCUAUGCGCACUUAUACUUCUACGAAGUUAUGCAGCUGGUCGCAUCUCUCACUCAAGGCCUUGGAGCGUCAAAUAUGCAAACGAACAACUAUAUACCUCGUGAAACUUUGGGCAUCGGCCUCAUCCCCAUCCUUUAUUUCACCGGGCAAUGCAGCCCAAAGCCAAGCUGGCUGAAAUGGACUAUGGAAAAACUCAACCAAAUUGGGCAGGAGGGUAUCUUUCGAGGCAAAGAUUUUGCCAAAAGCUUGAAUGGCCUAUUCACGUUUGAGAUGUGCAAUAGUACCGAGUCUCCGUUACUUUCGGACAAAUUUCCCUCUCCCGCGGCACGUGUUCUUGUCGUGCUCAUUCCCGCCGAGGAUGGUCGUCACUUUGCAGCGUAUUAUGGGAGCCCUACUCCUAAAAGUCUGGGAGGAGGGGACGACUUUUCGUACUAUCCACUUGGACGCGCGCACUGGUCCAGUGUUAUAGGAGAGGAAUCGGGCAAACCAGAUGUGGAGUUCUAUAAAUCAGACCAAAUGGUGGGGACUCAGUUUAACGCGGAAUGGAUCUCGAAUCAGCAGGAGCCACAAGACUGGAUCACUUGGUCCAGUCUUAUGGAUUUCAACAUCGACUUUCUACUGCGCGAUCAUGUUAGUGGAUGUCAUCUUUGGCCCGGUGGUGAUUUUUCAGCAAUACUCAGGUUUGUCAAAGGCAGCUGA